CUUUUUAUAAAAGGACACGGUCAAAGAGAGUGUCCAUUGAGUCCCUAUCGCCCCUACACGCUACCAUGACAAUGGGAAAGAUAAUCUUCUACGAGGACAGGAAUUUCCAGGGUCGGCACCAUGAGUGCAUGAGCGACUGUGCCGAUCUUCACUCCUACUUCAACCGCUGCAACUCAAUCAAGGUGGAGAGCGGAUGCUUCAUGGUGUACGAGAGGCCCAACUACACCGGCCACCAGUACUUCCUGAGGAGGGGCGAGUACAAUGACAACCAGCGCAUGAUUGGCAUCAAUGACUGUAUCAGAUCCUGCCGCAUGAUCCCUGUGCACCGUGGUUCCUACAAGAUGAGGCUGUACGAGCACCCUGACAUGGCCGGCCAGAUGCAGGAGCUGAGCGACGACUGCCCCAACGUCCAGGACAGAUUCCGCAUGUCCGACAUCAACUCCUGCAACGUGAUGGAGGGCCACUGGCUCAUGUACGAGCAGCCCAACUACAGGGGCAGGCAGUACUACCUGAGGCCCGGCGAGUACCGCAGACCCAGCGACUGGGGAGGCCAGAGUCCCAGGAUUGGCUCCCUCAGACGAAUCACCGACUCCAACAACUAGAUGUAGCGCUUGUUCUUCCCUACCUACUGUCUGUUCUCAAUAAAGCUGCACGUUCAAACACAAA